UCACGUUAUAAACUUAUAAAUAACAAUCUAUAAAAUGAAAUCCCCACCUUCCAAUCAGAAUCCCCCACGUACCCCUUUCCGAGCUCUUUUUAUUAAUUACUACUAUUAGUAUUAUUCACCACUUCCCUAGUUCUCGUCGUCAAACCCAGAUUUCCGCCACCGCAAUCUGAUAUCAGAAGAAAUUUUUUUUUUCUUUCUUUCUUAGUGCCAUUUUAUUCAAUUUCCAAUGUCCAAAUACUAACAAAAAACAAGAAAAUAGAUAUAAAUAAAUUUCAAUUUUUAGUGGAGAGUAUUGUUUCUCUCCACAAUUCGCUCGGCUCCCUCGGAUUACACAAGUGGUAGAGAGAGAAAGGGUGAAGAGAGAGAAAACGAGGGUUUGGGUCUCUCAGUUGCGUUUGUGUCGACGACGACGACGACGAGCGCUGCGGUGUAUCAAUCGCCGUCGUUGAUGUAAACAGAAAUGGCGUCGUUUGACGGGCUGAGGUAUUACCUCUCAGAGCACCCCUCCAUCGUGAGCUUCCGGUGGAGCCACGCCGAAUCGUGGGGCUCCACGUGGUCCUUCCUACUCACCUCCAUCGCCCUCUACCUCUCCGCCGCCGCCCUCCUCCACGCCGCCCCCCUCCUCCUCCUCCGCCACCGCCGCUCCCUCCCCCUGGGCCCGCUCCCCGCCGCCCACGCCCUCUCCAUGGCGCUCCUCUCGCUCACCAUCUUCGCCGGCACCCUCCUCUCCGCCGCCGCCGAGAUCCGCGACACGCGCUGGCUCUGGCGGCGGUCCCGCACCACCCCGCUGCAGUGGCUCCUCUGCUUCCCGCUCGGCACGCGCGCGUCGGGGCGCGUCUUCUUCUGGUCCUACGCCUUCUACCUGUCGCGCUUCCUCCACGCGGCGGGGUCGCUCAUCGAGAUCCUCCGGCGGCGGCGGAUCCCGGCGUUCAAGCUGUGCAGCCACGCGGUGUCGAUCACGGCGUCGUUCCUGUGGCUGGAGUUCACGCAGUCGUUCCAGGUGGUGGGGAUCGUGCUCACCACGCUCGUCUACUCCGCCGUCUACGGCUACCGGUUCUGGACGGCGGUGGGGCUGCCGGGGGCGUGCCCCCCCUUCGUCGCCAACUGCCAGAUGCUGCUGCUGGGGUGCAAUCUGGUGUGCCACUGCGCGGUGCUCCUGCUCCACCUGCUCACCGGCGGCUGCAACGGCAUCGGCGCCUGGCUCUUCAACUCCGUCCUCAACGGAGCCGUCAUGAUGCUCUUCCUCAACUUCUACAUCAAGAUGCACCACCGCAAACUCAACCCCGCCGCCGCCGAGGUGUCCGCCAUCGUCAAAGACAAGGACAUCUGACGAUCUUGAUAAUUAUAUAUACUUCGUUUUAAUUAGUAAUUAAUCAAAAUUAAUUACUUGUUUUGCUACUACACUACAACAAACCUAUAAAUUCUUAAUUUGUGUCGCCUCUUAAUUUGCGAUUUUUGAGUUUAUGUACAACGACUAGUUUUUUUUUAGGUAAAUUAAUUAUUAAAUUUAAUAA